CCUCGAUCCAACUCAAUUUCAAAAAAAAAAAAAAAAUAAAAACAAAGAGCAAAAGGCCGGUUUCGUCCCAGGCUGCAGCACCGUCAGCCAUGUCAUGGUUGGCUCGCUCCAUAGCCAACACUCUCCGCCUCGAUGACGACGACGACGAUGCUGAUGCUGACCGACAUGAAUAUGAUGCUGGCGUAAUCAAGAAGCCUCAGCAACAGCACUUAAACGACGUCGCUCAACAUCACACCUCAAUUUUCUUGCAUCCCGCCGAAUCCCUCGAUUUAGAAGAAGUAGACUUAGAAGAUCGGCCCGGGAAAAGCAAUAGUUAUCAUAUUAACAGUAAUAAUAACAAUGCCGUCGGGGAUGAUAAUAGCAAUUUCGAGGAUAUAGGCGAUCGGAGUACGAAUAAUCAAGGGCGAGGGGUAAAAGAAGAUUUAUCUGAAUUUAGGGAAACCCUGACGCGCCAGUUAUGGGGAGUUGCUUCAUUUCUAGCUCCUCCUCCUCCGCCUCCGCCACCUCCUCCGCUGCCGCGACCCAGGAGCUUCAAUUGGUUAGAAUCGGAUCGGAGAAGAACGGAGCUUGCGGAGAGGUCGGGUUCGGGUGAUGAGGAAAUGGACGGGCAAUUUGGGCAAUUUCGGGGAUUUCCGCAAAGUUUUUUGGAAGUGGGGAUGCCGGAGGAGGAGGAGGAGGAAGACGAUUUAUUAGCCGACGCGGUGGGGAUAACGGAGGAAGCUUUGGACUUUGCGGAGAAUACGGCUCAUCAUCCCGAGACCUGGCUGAAUUUUCCCUUGUCGGAGGAGGAAGAAUCUGAUGAUUUUGAAAUUUCUGAUCUCCAGUUCAAGCAUGCUCGAGCUAUUGAACAUCUUGCACCUAGAUUAGCUGCUCUCAGAAGAGAGCUUUGCCCUGCCCAUAUGACUGAAGGCUACUUUUGGAUGGUCUAUUUUGUUCUUCUGCAUUCGAGACUUGAUAAACAUGAUGUUGAUCUUUUGACUACACCCCAGUUGGUAAAAGCAAGGACCAUGUGGAUGCAUGAGCUUCAAAAGCAGACAAAGCCAGAGUCACAUUGGCUUGGAAGAGAUACUUUUGACUUGGAAGAAAGAAAUUACUUUCCUUAUGAAAGUUUUGAUGUUGCUUCAUGUGAAGACAAUACGCCCAGAUUCAGGUCUCAGACGGCAUUUCCUCUUGAUUCUACGGCUUUGCUGGUGACUAGUGACUCUGAGCCCGAGAAGCAUCCACAUGAAAGUCGUGAAAUUCAGUUCAUUGAUAAAACUGGGCAUGAAGAAAAUCUAACAAGUGCGACAGGGAAUGAGUUGCUAUCUGGUCCACCCCAUAAAGUACCAAUUGAGGAAUAUGAUGAGCAUGAGGAUGACUGGCUAGAUGAUGACUCAGAAUUAGAGGGCUACACGGGAACUGCAAUCACUUUGGUAAACGAAGAAGAUGUGUCAUUCAGUGAUCUUGAGGAUGACCUUGAUACAAUGCCUACAAAAUCCAAAGUUCUUGUAAAGGACUAGACUUCAUAGACCAAAAUCUCGUGAGCGGUGGCUUCCACUAAGCAGGAGCGUUUGACUUGCUCAGACUGUUUCCGCUGGAAGUCAUUGUCUCUGGAAUCUGGAAAUCAGUCUGACAAAGCAUUUGCAAAGAGAUGCACUUGAAUGUGCACCAGCAUGAUUCAAAGUCUUUGAGCUUCACUGCACCAGAACAAGGACAAAUAUUCAACCAAUUGAUGUGGUUUUGGUGCCGAUCUCAAGGGUAUUGAGAUAUUUUGGAGUUCCAGGUGAAGUAUUGUGGGAGAUGACAGUGCUCUGUGCGCGUUGUAUGCUGUAUAUCAGCCAAGCUUUCCCAAAUGGAGUCAUGUUUAACUGGAUUAGUUGGUUUCCGUUCUUAUCCCUUUCUUCAUUUGUUAUUACCUUACACUCCAUCAAAUGUAAUUAUUGUUGUAAAGGUUAUUCGUCAAAAGCUGAAAUAACUGGAGAACAAAUUCCAAAAUGUGUGUCCCUUGCAAGCCAUGAAAAUGAAAGUUUUGGUAUAAAU